AUGAAUGAAGAGAAGAAGAAGGUGAAGAGAACUCGAAAAACUGUUCCAAGAGAUUCUCCUCAACAACGCAGUUCCAUUUAUAGAGGUGUAACCAGGCAUAGAUGGACUGGAAGGUAUGAAGCUCAUUUAUGGGACAAGAAUUGUUGGAAUGAAUCUCAAAACAAAAAAGGAAGACAAGUAUAUUUAGGGGCAUAUGAUGAAGAAGAAGCAGCUGCACAUGCUUAUGACUUGGCUGCAUUGAAGUAUUGGGGACAACAUACUAUCCUCAAUUUCCAACUUUCAACUUAUGAGAAAGAGCUAAAGGAAAUGGAGGAUCAAUCUAAAGAAGAAUAUAUUGGAUCCUUGAGGAGAAAAAGUAGUGGGUUUUCUCGAGGAGUUUCCAAGUAUAGAGGAGUCGCAAGGCACCAUCACAAUGGAAGGUGGGAAGCAAGAAUUGGGAGGGUGUUCGGAAACAAAUAUCUAUAUCUCGGAACAUACGCCACUCAAGAAGAGGCGGCAAUUGCAUAUGAUGUGGCAGCUGUAGAAUAUCGUGGGUUGAACGCUGUUACGAACUUUGAUCUUAGUCGUUACAUCAAGUCAUUAAGACCCGAUAACCAAAAUGACACGAGCUCCAUUUUUGUUUCAAAAGAAGAAGUUACAACGUCGUCUUGUACUACUAGCGUUGUGGACUCAACAUCGUCGUCGGCUUUAGGGAUCCUUUUGCAAUCCUCAAAGUACAAUGAGAUGCUUGGGGAGAAUUCUUCUUUUACAAACGAUGAAGCAACUCUUAUAGAGUCUGAUUCACGACAGAGUAGCUUUCCCGAUGAUAUACAAACAAUUUUUGAUUGUUUAAACUCCGACAAAUACACCGAGGAGACCGACAAUAUAUUUGGUGACUUGAACUCGUUUGCAUCCCAUAUAUUUCACCAUUAAAUAUAUGCAUAAUUGUUGAAGAAUUUAUAUUUUAUUUUAAUUUUAGGAAAUUUCAAUCUAUUUUCUUCACCAAGUGUAAGGAGAAUAUAACAUU